AUGGACCUGCCACCCGAGUUGCGGUUGCAGAUCUACCACCUUGCCAUGUCCGCCGAGCACGGCGGAGGAGAGCCGCGGAACCUGCACGGGCUGCGCGAGCCCGCGCUCUCGCUCGUCAGCCGGCACGCCCGGGCCGAGGCCGUGCCAGUCUUCUUCGCGCGGUGCACAUUCUAUUGCGAAGCGCGAUCUAACUACACCGACAUCGCCCGGAUCGACGCGCUGGCCGCAAUGGGCCAGCUGAGGCCCGGCCGCGACAACGCGGCCAUAGAGCGCUUGAGUAGGCUUGGCCGGAGGGCCCUUCGCUGUCGGCCGUCGAUAAAAGUAAAGCUCGAGACGAACCUCUGGGCGGCGCAGCACGGGCAGCGGGUGUUCGGCGAUGUCGAGAUCCGUAUCUUCAAUGAGCGCAUUGCGCUCAUUGAUAUGCCGCACGACACGCCGGACGAGGUGGUGCGCGCGAUGCGGCGGAGGAGCCUCGUCGAGGAGUCGACGCUACGAGUCCGUAUGCAUCGAGGCUCGAUAUCCUUCGACUGCGUCGACCCUGUGCCGCAGACGAUAUUCCACACUGAAUUGAAUCGCGCUCGCGAUGGUGUCAUGAACGCUGCCAGAAAUACCGCGGAAGCAUGCGCGGAUUUUCAGGACAAUUUCCUCGGCCUUAGUCGGAACGAUCUUGUUCGGAUCUCCAAACCGCUCUUCUACUGGUCGGAGAGUUUGGAUAUACAUAUGGGUGAUAUAGAUUCAAAGGACUGGGAGGGUUGGGCUUAG